AUGCGCGCAACGUAUAUUCUAGUGAUGGUGUGUGCGGUCACUUUCCAAGCCAGCAGCAGUGCUCUUCCUCCGGCCAAGACUUUGAAUUCUCUAGUUGAAAAGAAAACCCCAUCGGAUAUUACCGUCUCAGCUCACGUGGGUGAUGUUCGGCUGCUGCGUGCCGACGACAAAGAAGAGGAGAUCGAGGAGGAGAGAGGUUUGGGGGGCGCUCUGGUCGACGGUGUGAAAAAGCUGAACCCCAUCACGGCUGCUAAGAAGGCUAAGGAAAAAGCUGAGAAAAUUAAGCAGCAUGUAAAAGAGCUGGGAAAAUACGAGGAUUGGCUGGAGGAAGUAAGGGAAGCGAUCGAUAAGGACUAA